AAAAAAAGUUAUUCCAAAUCGCGUCGUAAUAUGUUACGUACCGAUAAAGCGAAACGAAACGCACAAGUGUGCGCAAGAGAGGACUUUUUAAUGCCGGCAGUAAUGCUGGGCUCAGAAAAACUUAAUCUAGAUCAAGCUCCUCGAGACAUAAAUACAGAUGAGUUCCAACAUGAGCGCGCACGUCUACGAGCGUUCGUAGCUGCAACAAAUCCAGACUGUAAAAAAGAGCUUAUGAAGUCCGGCUCUCUGGGAUUAUUAAAAUAUAUUAUUGACUCCAAACUUGAAGAUGACUGGAUGAUUGAUCCAACGAUCAUAGCAAAUGUUGUGAUAGGGAUAGAGACAUGCGAUUUUUAGUACAAAGAUAAU